AGGGGAACAGGGAGGAGCCGGGAGGAGGAACCACGUGUUGGGACUUCUGGUGGUUUAGUCUGAGUCGCUGUCAAACUCCUGCAGUCCUUACCGCGAGGGCCUCCCGCGGAUUAGGUUGGUGGCGCCACCGCCGCCCCUAGCCCUUCCUGUGGGUCAUUCUUCCUGAAAAGCGUAGCGCCCUUCGCCAAGUGUUCAAGGAAGAGUAGCCAGGUCCUAGUUUUCCCCUGCCCCUCACUCCGUCCUUUCGCAUUCUUUCCUACCCAACUUCUGAGUUUGUUAAUUUUCGAGGUCGGAAAGCAAACUUUCCUUUGGGAAAAGACGUCAUGUGAUAUAUAGUACGAACUACGAGACCAGAUAUUACGUUAAGCAUUUCACGUGUGUUAUCUCAUUUAAUCCACAUAGCAAUCUAAAGAGGUCGACAUUACAUUGCAUCAGAGGUGGGAUCUGAAAGAGCUGAUCACCAAGAAAUGACAACCUUUGGAAUUGAGUGAAGUACCCACACUUGAGUCCUUUGUGCUCUUAGCUUCCACGAGUCACUGUAACUUUUGGUUUGGUAAGCCUCUUCUCAGAGCUCGGGCUCCCUCCUUUUGGCCAAGGUCUCUGAUGUUAUUCUGGUUGUGUAUAGGGACAAAUUGUCCUGAUUUUUACUAUCCUUGGAUGCCACUCCUGAUAUGGAGAAGAUUGAGGAACAAUUUGCUAAUCUGAACAUUGUUAAACGUUCCUCAGGAACUCAGGAGCCUACUUAUCUGCUUGGCAUAGACACAUCAAAGACUGUACAAGCAGAGAAAGAAAGUUUGGUUGCUGCUUUAUGUUCUAAUGAAUCCAUCAGAAUAUAUGAUAAAGAAAGGUUAAAUGUACUACGAGAAUUUAGUGGAUAUCCUGGACUUCUCCAUGGAGUCAAAUUUGCACAUUCUCGUGACUGUGUAUAUUCAUCAUGUACGGAUGGCACUGUAAAAUGUUGGGAUGCUCGAUUAGCCAGUGACAAGCCGGUCCAGCUGUUCAAGGGUUACCCUUCCAAUAUUUUUAUCAGUUUUGAUGUAAGCUGUAAUGAUCACGUCAUUUGUGCUGGUACAGAAAAAGUUGAAGAUGAUGCAUUGUUGGUAUUUUGGGAUGCAAGAAUUAAUUCUCAGGAUUUGUCUACUACUAAAGAUCCACUUGGUACCUAUUCAGAGACACAUAGUGAUGACGUCACUCAAGUAUGUUUCCAUCCCAGCAAUCCCAACAUGGUAGUCUCGGGUUCAACUGAUGGCCUGGUAAAUGUAUUUGAUAUUAGUGCUGAUAAUGAAGAGGAUGCGCUGGUUACAACUUGCAACUCAGUUUCAUCAGUAAGCUGUAUCGGGUGGUCUGGGAAAGAUUAUAAACAGAUAUACUGCAUGACACAUGAUGAAGGAUUUUGUUGGUGGGAUCUUAAUCAUCUGGAUACUGAUGAACCAAUUACACGUUUGAACAUCCAGGAUGUCAGAGAAGUAGUUAAUGUGAAAGGAGGUAUUUUGGACUAUCUGAUUGGUGGCCUAUAUCAUGAAAAAAUGGACAAAUUGUUUGUUGUUGGAGGAGCAAACACAGGAAUGAUUCACUUAAUGAGCUGUACUACAUCAGGAUUGAUCCAUGUGACCAGCCUUCAGGGAGGGCAUGCUGCUACUGUCCGUUCUUUCUGUUGGAAUAUGCAGGAUAAUUCUUUGCUAACUGGAGGAGAAGAUGCACAGUUGUUAUUUUGGAAACCUGGAGCGAUAGAGAAGACAUUUACAAAGAAAGACAGCAUGAAAAUAGCAUCCUCUGUGUAUCAGCGAGUUCGAGUUCACAGUAGUGAUUCUUACAAGAGAAGGAAAAAGCAGUGAUGUUACAUUGGGGGUGUACUUGAUAGGUUUUAUAGCUGUAAAUCAUUAUUUUUGUGUACUAUCUGUGAAAGAUAUGUGUAAAGCUCAUAUGUAAAAACAAGCCAGUUAGCAAACAGCCCUGGAAAAAUGUUGAGAAUGGUUUAUUUCAGGUCUUCACGUAUUCUAAAAAAAAUUUUUUUAAAGCUACCAGUUGAGUAUAUAAUCAGUGAGUUGAAAACAAAAUUACAUUACUCAUUUUAAAAACCCAUCUGUUGAGUUAGUAAAUGAUGAGUUUGAAGAAAUAGCUUUGAUAAAGACUUUUUAGAAGUAGAUGUGUGACUUAAAAAGAAAAACAGGUGUUU